CCACAGCCUCGGUCUCAGGCCCGGCCUUUUUGGCGCAUGCGGCUUUCAGCUUCCACCGGCUUGUCCUCUAACCAACAGGCCAAAGACAUCACGAGGCGCAUGCGCGUUUUUGGUCCGUCCCGGGCGGUUGGUGUCAGAGGUGUACUGCUUGGCCGCAGCCAUGGCCGGGGCGCUGAAGAAGACCACUGGGCUCGUGGGACUAGCUGUAGCUGAGACGCCUCACGAGCACCUGAGGAUACUGUAUACAAAAAUUCUCGCUGCUCUGCAGGACAUCCCCAAAGAUGCAGCAUAUAGGAAAUACACUGAACAGAUUGUAAAUGAGCGGUUUAACAUGGUAAAAACAGAACCUAAUGUGGAAAAACUAGAAGACAAAAUGAAAAGUGGUCAGAUAGAAGAAGUGAUAAUACAGGCUGAAAGUGAGCUCUCUCUGGCAAGAAAAAUGGUACAGUGGAAACCAUGGGAGCCUUUAGUUGAAGAACCUCCUACUGACCAAUGGCGAUGGCCAAUAUAAUAGUCAGCGUUAUGUCUGUAACUAUUUGAGAAUCGAAAAAAACACUUAAUUAAAUAUUAUAUCAUGUUACUGAAAAUUGUUUGUCUUUAACUUAAAGAAAAUAGCUUUUUUUAUAUGAUUUGUUUUGCCUCAAUAUCUAUUUACAUUUAGCAGGAUUUAAAGGUCCUGUCUGACUUUCUUACAAAAAUGCUUUACUAAAACUUUGUUAAGCUAUUGGGCAAUAUGAUUAUUUUCUUUCCUAGUUUGCUGAUUAAAAAUAUAUUUAAAUAGAAACAGAAACUUUCUUCUGUGUAAUUACCCUUCUUUUCUUGUCUGAUCCACUUCUUGACAUUUUAUCACCAUGGAAGCCAAUUUUCAUGUCUCAGACUCUGGAUUGUGGCUACACUGAACUGGCUAAGGCAAGAAGAGGAAGGGGUGAACUGGAUUUUACAUAAAUGCUUAAUGAUCAGCCAUGGUGAGAUAAAUACAGAUAAAACUCUGUGUCCGUUUGAUACUUUUGAUUAAAUUGGAAAUUUGUAAAGUUUUGGAAGUCACUCUGGGGAAAAGGCAAAUAAUAAAAAACAAGUCUGCAACCAAAGUUAUAUAACUAAUGGAGACAAAAAGUACUAAGCUUAAAGUUCCACUACCCUUCCACACAUGUGAAUUUUGUUUGAUAGUGUGCUGUUAAUUUUUAAGGAUUUAGAGACUUGGAGAAUCACUGGGGAUAAUCCUAGAGUAUGCAAAUGCAUCUAUAACUCAGCUAAUGCUGUGUUGAUUGUAAACUGACAUAUAGCCUUCAGAUACAAGACCUUGACGUUCAUAAUUGAGAGUUUGGGCCGGAUUGUUUUUCCUGUUGACUUAAAUGGGAAUAGAGUAAGGCCAUUUGUGAAGAAAAGAUUUCAAUGUGCGUAAUAAACCUGUAGAGUUCAACAUUGAAAAUGCCCUGUAUAACAGUUAGAAAUCACAACGAUCAAAGCUGAGGCUAUUUUUAUUCAUUCUAUUUUAUUCAGUAUCAUGAUCCAAGUAAUGCUUUCAAGUUUGCACGUGACCUAUAGCCUCUGAGGAACAGUAUGUGAGCUAACAAUGCAGUUUUAUACAGAAGAAGUCACAGUGAGCAUCAAAGAUUUAGAUUAAUAGACUGCCAGUACAGUCAUAUGUAAAACAGCUAGUUUCGGAGAGGCUAUUUCCUUAACUAAAUACUGUUGUAUUUAGGGACUUGAAUAAUGUUGCAGGAGAACUCUGAUCUGCAGUUCAUUGUGCAGAUACCAUGAAGUUAGCAAGCAGGAUGCACUGUGCAAUUAAGUACAUAAAAAAUUGUUCUUACUGCUACAUGAACAUUGGUGAAUACUUACUUGAAAUCUGUGCCCAGUUCUGAUCCACAGGCUUUCUAAAAUGUGAAUGUUGAAGGGAUAGGAGUGGCAUACAGGAAAACCAGGGGACCAAUUGAAACUUUUCAAAUUUUGGAUAACAGUUCUUCACAUAAGCAAAGACUACAACUAAGAUCCGAAAACAUUGGGUAGUUAUGUGGAACUUAUUUCACCUUAAUGGUAUAUACUAAGGCAGUUGACCUCUUGCGGGGGAUAAUUAACAAGCCCAAAGAAAAAGUCAGUGAUAGAGGCAUUUUCAGCGUGGCUUAGGAUAUGGUGAAUCUAGAACUCUGUACACAGUAUGCAUGUUUCACUUGCUAAGCCACUUGAUUAAACUGUUCUUCCCAAUGCACCCCCCACCCUUGUUUUGCAAAAGCUAUUUGUUUUAUUCCCAUUUUAAAAAAAUACAUAAACUGAGAAGUUUUAGCACUGCUGUUUAGAAGAGUAUUAUUACAAAGGGUUGGAAUCCCUGCUGUGGCAAUUGAUUACGAAUAAAUGCUAUUAGACUUGAAAGCUAAAGUAAUGGAUUGUCUACAUGGCUAGCUUGUGCACUGUAUUAUUUUCAAUAUAAGUAUUUUCAGGUAAGGAGUAGCAACUGCAUAUGUGAAAUAUUUCAUGUACUAAUUUAAGCAAAUUAUCAGAUUACACCAGUAAACUGACAUUGACUGGGACCCUGCUUUGAGUUGAUAUUCCUACAAAAAUAAGAGCUCCAGAAUGCUGAGGAUUCUAGGAGGCUGUGGGUUAUGAAGUAACAGUUCAUUUGGUGUUGCCCAAUACUUUUUACAUGCAUUUUCAACAUGAGAUGUAAAACAUCUUUUCCAUACAAAAUUUCAACAACUUUUAAAUGAAAAUCAUACAAUAUAAGAGUCUAAAUCUGAUUAUCUUUUUGUGACAAAAGAAUAGCUGUUCACCCUUUAGGCAGGAUUUGAUUUGAAUCAAACCUGUGUAAAUAUAGCAUAAGCGUUUUGACCUAUAAACCUGUGGGGAAACAAAGAAAAGAAAAUGGGGCUUCAGCUACUGAGUGGUAUUUUCAGUGACAAAAUUGUACAACUGUUCUAUACUGUAAUUAGAUUUGAUAUUCAAGAGGUAAAUAUAAAUAUAUAUUUUGGAUAUUCAGAAUGUAUUAAUGGUUGGAUAUGGACUUGACUUUUAGGAGUUUAAUGUCAUGCAUCAUUCAUAGUGGUGGACUUUUCCUUAUGAAUUUUCAUGUUAUAAGUACUUGGAUUUAACCUAUGCUUUUUUUUUUGUUUUUUGUU